AUGGUGGCAGAUUUGACUAAAAGUAUACUAAAAUGGAAGCCAAAAAUAGAGUUUGAUGCCGUCGCGAGCAGUUCUUUUUACGAGGAUUUGAAGGGCUUACCUCCCCUUUCAUCUCAUAAAAAGUUAACACAGGCUGCUAUUUUCAAUAGUACUAAGCAUGAGUUACUGCAAGUUAAAAAAGACAUUCUUUCCAUCUAUCAAGUUGUCAGUAAGGAUAUUGAUGAGGAAUGCAAUCAGAUGCAACUGAUUGAACUUCAACUUAAAAAAUCUUUAAGAAAAGUGGAACAUAUCUAUAGGAAUGUUUCAAAGCAAAGAGCUUCUACUAAUUGCAUUAACGGAAAUGACCGUCUACUAACUAAUGCUAAAAAAAAGAUUGAUUCAUUAAAUGAACGACUCACAUCUAUCGAUGGUACUGUUACAGAUAUUGUUAACAGUUUUGUUGCAUUGGAUGCUAAUCUCCCGAAGAAAGCACAAUUACUUAAGAAUGACUCAAUAAAUGAAGCCCACUAUCCACUUCUUUUCGAUUUUCUGCGUAAGUUGUCUCCAAACCCUAUUGUUGCUGCUGGUGAAGCUGAUGAAACAGGUGCAACAGGUGCAACAGGUGGUCAAGAAGAUGACUUGUCUUCUUCUUUUUUGGAACAGGAUGAGUUACGAACGGAUAACCUAAAUACCUAUGGUGGGAAAUGUGAGUCACGAAAUGAUUCUUUAGCACCGUUUCAAUUUCAUAAUGGCAACUCAUCCAAUUCGAUAAGAUUUCUGCCCCCAACAAUUAACAAAAGAAGCGGCCCUUCAAUUGAAACUAAUUUUGAGAACAUUAGCGCAGACGGCCUUACAUACACCAAACAUCCUUUAGAAAACUCGAUGUCUUUGACUUGA